AUGUCCUUCAUUUUUCUAAUUAUAUCCAGCAUUCUGGUUCUCUCCUUGAAUGCCGAUCGUGGUUCAACUGUCAAAAUUCGAAUCGAGGGCAAGAGCAAUACUAUAUUCGAGUCAAAUUUCCAUUUUACUCGUGGACACAAUAUCACAGUUGAAUCAGGAGACAGUGCACAUCAUUGUGAUGGUAAAAAUUUGAAUAGUCAUCCAACAGCUGGUUCGACUGUUACAAGUGCUCUUGAUGAUGCAAGCAAAUGUGGUCGUUUUACUUGGGACGGUACGUUCUCAACUAUAUAUGAUGAUUUCUUUAUUACGCGCAUCGGCAGUGACGCGCAAACGGCUACACAAUUCUGGGGUAUUCUGGCCAAUUAUAACUACACAAAAACUGGAGGAUGCGAAACGCGUGUUCAACAGAAUGACGAAGUUCUUUUCGCUUUUGAUGCGUUCAGCAAAAAAUACUUUCUCAAACUCACGGUACCUCUGACUGCUCGCCGUGGUUGUAACACAAUAUUCAGGGUCACAAAUGGCGCUACAGACGCACCAAUAUCAGGUGCGAAAGUUGGUAAAUAUGUAUCAGAUUCCAAUGGAAAUGUCAAAGUUGCCUUCACAAGUGGUGGUCGACACAAACUAAAAGCAGAACACAAAGAUUAUAUUCGUUCAAACGCAAUCUAUGUUCGUGUGCAAUAA